AUGGCCACCACCGAUAGAGAGAGGAAGUGGAGGGUUUUGUGCUGAGAGUUGAACAAAGGCGUGUCAACGCCUAUUAUUUUGUGUAAUGGAGUGUUUAAUUAUUUCAGUUUAAGUAAUUGUUUUUGUUUAUUCGUAUUGGAUAUGUAGUUCGCUUUGGAUUAUUGCGAGUUUAAGGGCUCAAUUUGCGACUGAUCAUCGCAGCCUGAGCCAAACAAAAGCCCACUGGAGAGGCGAGAAAUGGGAGCACCAAAUUCGAAGGAACCAAAGCCAAGUUCCGGAAAAACAAGUAAAAAUAAAGCUACAAAGGAGUCAAGAGGUUCCCAAGGAAACAUAUUUGCUGAUCAUACAGGAAAAGCUCAGAUCCCCUAUAGACGGGAGCAAUCUUUUUUGGAAGAUAAAAGUCUCUUGGAGAUUCAGUUAAACCAAGAGUCCCUGCUCCAACACCGGCCACUGCCUGAGGCCCCGCUGGACAACCUUGGUCAGAGAUGGAUGUCCAAGGAAAACUUGCUCAACAUGGCAGCAGAGGAGGACCCCAGCUUGUUUGUUGCACUUUACGACUUCCAGGCAGGGGGAGACAACCAGCUCAGUAUAUCCAAAGGUGAGAUGGUGACCAUGAUAGCCUACAACAACAGUGGGGAGUGGUGUGAGGUCAAGAACCGGGCAGGCCAGGGAGGCUGGGUGCCCAGCAACUACAUUGGUCCAGUCAACAGCGUGGACAAGUUCUCCUGGUACCACGGGCCCAUCUCAAGGAACGCCUCCGAGUACCUACUCAGCUCCGGCAUCAACGGCAGCUUCCUGGUGCGGGAGAGUGAGAGCAGCCCGGGUCAGAGGUCAAUCUCUGUCAGAUAUGAAGGCAGGGUCUACCACUAUAGGAUCAGUGAAGACUCAGAUGGCAAGGUCUUUGUCACCCAGGAGCACAGGUUCAACACUCUGGGGGAGCUGGUCCAUCACCAUUCCAUUCACGCAGAUGGGCUAGUCACCACCCUCUUGUACCCCGCCCCCAAGAGACAGAAGCCAACCGUCUUUGGGGUCAGUCCAGAGCCAGAUAAGUGGGAGAUUGAGAGGACGGAGAUCGCCAUGAAGCAUCGGUUAGGAGGGGGCCAGUAUGGUGACGUGUACGAAGCUGUCUGGAAGAGGUACAGCAAGACAGUGGCAGUCAAGACAUUAAAGGAGGACACCAUGGCGCUCAAGGACUUCCUAGAGGAAGCUGCCAUCAUGAAGGAGAUGAAGCACCCAAACCUUGUCCAGUUGUUAGGUGUUUGUACAAGGGAGCCCCCCUUCUAUAUUGUGACAGAGUUUAUGGCACAAGGCAACUUGCUGGACUACCUGAGGAGCUCUAACAAGGAGGACAUAGGUCCCACAGUGCUCAUGUACAUGGCCACACAGAUAGCAUCAGCCAUGGCUUACCUAGAGGCUAGGAGUUUUAUCCAUAGGGACCUGGCUGCCCGCAACUGUCUGGUGGGAGAGGCCAACCUGGUCAAGGUGGCUGACUUUGGCCUGGCUCGCCUGAUGAAGGACGACACCUACACUGCCCACGCAGGAGCCAAGUUCCCCAUCAAGUGGACGGCGCCAGAAGGCUUGGCCUACAACAGGUUUUCUACCAAGUCUGAUGUCUGGGCCUUUGGUGUCUUGCUGUGGGAGCUGGCAACAUUUGGCAUGUCCCCGUACCCAGGGGUCGACCUGACCGAGGUCUACCACCUUCUUGAGAAAGGCUACAGGAUGGAGCGGCCGCCUGGCACACCCCCUGAGAUACACACACUCAUGUUAAAAUGCUGGCAGUGGGAUCCCAAAGAUCGGCCAACAUUUAAGGAUAUCCACUUCCUACUUGAAAACAUGUUUGAAAAAUCCAGUAUUAAUGAAGGUGAGAAUUUCAGCACCUCUUCCUUCGGAGGGUGGACAGAGGUGGAGAAGGAGCUAGAGAAGACUGAAAGAAAAGCCCCAAGUUUACCCUCCAAGAAGGGGCGGGCUCAAGAGUCACCUGACCUAAUUAGUGAAGGUCGCAGUAGUGCAGGUCCCACCCCACCAGCAGGCAGACGAGUGCUGCCCACAUUAGAUGAGCAGCAACCUGUCACAUUGACCAAAGUAAAUGACGUCCUUGCCAGGAAAUCAUCCAGGAAAAAAGCUGGCAAGUCAGCUCCACUUCCACCCCGCAGGACAACUUCGGUGAAAGAUGGGGGUCCAGAAUCAGGUGGUGGGGAUUUAGACUCGGAACUGAAAUCUCGUAUACGUCUUCAGAAGGUCAAACUGGAUAACGCGUCAUUGCCUGAGGUCAACGAAUCAGAUUUGAGUGAGAGCAACUCUGGCCUUGACCCUUCUCUCCACAGAGGACCUUACUAUCCCCACAGCACUUCUGUACCUUCCAUGAUGAAAGUUCAAGGUCAGGCUGGCUCGCCCACUUUCUCCCGCGAGGACAAAGCCAGUAAAACAUCUGUGGAUAACUUAAAAGCUGCCCAGAUAGACCGCUCCAAGUACCUGAUAUCUGAGGCCAAUGCCCGCACCUUUGACAAACACGCCCCAGAGCGGAGCAGCACCAGGAGCCUGGGCCCGCGCUCAGGGGACUACAACCUGGACAGCUCAGGCCAGUACCAGAAGAAAGCUUUGCUCCCCCCACACAGGUCCGCCCUGCUCCCCAGGAAGAAACUCUCUGAACAUUCCUCUGAUCUCUCCCACAGUGUUAGCGUGGAUGAGAGUGAGCUGGAGGGUCCCCCACGCCUGGGCAAGCUGGAUGUGACUAAUGUAGCUAAAACUAUCAACAGGUACGGCACCAUACCAAAAGGGGUGAGGAUUGGAGCUUAUUUAGAGUCAAUGGAGAGAGAGCAGGAGUGUCAUGGGAGGGAGUUGCCAGCACUGGAUGACCACGACUCAGGCACAGACAGCGCCAGCGUCACGUCCUGCCCUACUCUAGGGGGAGACCACAGCUUGGGGGAGAUGGCUGCGGCCACCAAUGGGAAAAAGGGGGAGGGCAUCAGUGAGGACUCUGACCCGGGCAUCAAGCAGGAGCCCAAUCUGAGACCCUCGGCUUUUGUCAAGUCUCAGUCGCAGCACGGCAUUGUGGAGAGCCCUGCCACCACUCAGACGGCUCUCAACUCCACCAACGUCAAGUCCCAGUACUCCGGCCUGCUCCAGCGACACAAGUCCGACCUGUCCUCCUCCAGCAAGCCCAGCACCCCCUCGGAGCUCUUCACCUCCUCAGACCAGAUGGCCACCUCCACUGCUUCCUCCAGCUACCACCAUCCUGCUUCCGUCCAACGCUCGGACACUGACCCCAUCUCCCGCCUGACUGACCACUCUCCCCCACAGCCAGCGCCACCACACUCAGCUCCCCACACAGCUUCCCACUUCCCAGAGCUGGCCGGGAAGCCCAAGCCCAGCCCCCGCUUCUCUCGCCAGUUUGUAGAGGAAUCCCCUCUCCUCCACCCGCGGGCUCCUCCCAACAAUAUGGUCUCAGAGAACUUAACGGAGUCGUACCGGCCACCAGGGUGGAUGGUGGGGCUCAAACGUCUGGAGGAGGGGCAGCUCAAUGGAGCCCCUAGCAACGUCAGCUCUUUUAAAAUGUAUGCCAAACCAUCAGUGAACCUGAACUCUGACCAAAAACUAUCCCAGCAAGCUGCCCGUGACCUUGACCUGAUCAGCACGGAGGUCUCUGAUGCAGGACCAGCAGGGAAGGAAGCUGUGGCCUACCGCACCACGGGAGUCAAGAUACUGCCUAAUGCCAUGAGUGUGCCGCUCUCUAUGACUGGCAGUUUUUGUCUGGAGCCAGCAGCUUCCUCCCCAGUGGAUGGGGCCAGCCCUGAGCCCAGCGAGCCAGUCAGCAUGGACUCCAUCAAGUCAGCAUCAGAGAGGCUGAAGGGCUGCAUCGAGCGGCUGGCUGAGGCCGGCAACAAGACCAGCACCAACUUCAUGCUGCUCUCUGAGGAGGUCCUGGCCUUCUACUGCCUCUGUUCCCGCUACAUCGACGCCUUGCCCCCUCACGCCAAAUUCCAAGCCCGGGAACUUCUAACUCGGAUGCAAGCCCACAGUCAGAGCCUGAAGACAUACACCAGCAGUACACCUUCAGGGGGUGGCAAGCUGCUGGAUGAUAUACAAGUCACUAACAAGGAAAUCUUGGGGGUCAUACAGAGAUAGCUUGCUUUGUGGAAUAGUUAUACCAUCUGCCUAGUUCUACCAUCUGCCUAGUUGUACCGUCUGGCAAGUUUGCCUAGUUGACCAGUGCACUACAGGCAUUUGUUGAUUUUUUAUAUUCUUCUUGAAAGCAUUGAUGUACAAACUAAAAAAACUUGACCAUAUGAGGUUAGUCAAUGAACAAGCUUGUAUUUAAUGAUGUGCAAUCCCUGGUCAAAGUUGUUGUGUUAGGGGUGUUGGUGUGCAGCUAGACCUUGACACUGUGCUGUCUUGUCCUAGUUGAAUGUCACAUGGACACUGAUGAUUUGAUUUCUAUUUGUCUGACCAAAGGGUCAAGUCUUUCUUUUACCUUGACUACAGGUUGUGCUACAGUUAACUCUCUCUGCUCCACCAUUGGACAACCCACCAUUGAUUGUUACAUGUUGGACCAGAAAGGAUUAACCCCCGUUUAUUUUUAGAUAGAUACAAACCAUUUAUUUCUAUAGAUCUUUAUUUUCUCUUUCAUGACCACACAUAUCCUGUGCUCCAGAUCUGAUGCUUUAUUAUAAGCUGAGUGCUCUGUCAUAUGAUUGCUAUCUGUUGAACUUGGUUGUACUGUAGGCUAACCCCAGGAUCUCAUUGAAGGGUUGCUAGUUGGGCCAACCCCAGCAUCUCAUUGAUGGGUUGCUAGUUGGGCCAACCCCAGCAUCUCAUUGAUGGGUUGCUAGUUGGGCCAACCCCAGCAUCUCAUUGAUGGGUUGCUAGUUGGGCCAACCCCAGCAUCUCAUUGAUAGGUUGCUAGUUGGGCCAACCCCAGCAUCUCAUUGAUGGGUUGCUAGUUGGGCCAACCACAGGGUACCCAGAGCCUGGCUUAUGUCUUUAUCUCAGCUCAUUUUGUUUGGCUUCUAUUCAGGUGGUAGUUUUUACAUUGAAUACUUUAUCAUUUAGUCUUUCAUCCUGUUUUCCUCUUCUGUUCAAUCAAAUGUUGUUGCCGUGGGGAUUUGAUGAUCAAGUGUAAGAAGGUGGGACUCAAUCAGUGAACUUACAGAUCACUCUUGCUAACACAGUAGAACAAGUAGUCCCAUCAUUAAAGUCACAACUAAAUUUGACCCACUGCUGACCACAGUGUUAGCAAUAAACCUUGGU